AUGGAAGAUUUGGAGACUGACUUAAUCCAGACACGGAAAGUGUGCAGAAUAGAGCAAAUGGUGGCAAAAUGGCUCCAUCGUGCUCGGGAUGGUGCCUCCAGGGGCAGAGUGUCUAUGACAGACAGCACUAGUGAUGGCAGUGGCCAGCCUGCCAGUCGUGUUAAACUUACUGUGACAGUAUACAAAGAUUUGGUCCUUGGUCAUUAUGGCUUUGAGAUCUGUCCAAGCCUUCCUCUUACAAUUGCAUCUGUCACAGCAGGGAGCACUGCUGAAGGGAAGCUGCAGCCUGGUGACCAGCUCCUCAUGAUAAACUCAACAGCAGUGGACGACGUGUCUGUGGAGCGAGCAGCUGACAUCAUCAGGGAGGCUGGUGACGAGCUCCUCCUAACCGUCCUGCGCUGCACAUUGGGCGGGCCUAAGUCAUCGUUUCUCACUGCAGAGAAGAGGGCGAGGCUGAAGACGAACCCGGUGAAAGUGCGUUUUGCGGAGGAGGUGCUGGUGAACGGACACACACAGGGGAAUUCUCUUCUUUGCAUGCCCAAUGUUCUCAAGGUAUACUUGGAAAACGGACAGACAAAGGCUUUCAGGUUUGAGACAAGCACUACUGUGAAGGACAUUAUUCUCACUCUGAAGGAGAAGCUGUCCCUCCGCAGCAUCACACAUUUUGCUCUCGCUCUGGAGGAGCAGUACAAUGUGGCCAAGAUCCACCUGCUGCAUGAGGAUGAGCUCAUUGAGCAGGUGGUCCAGAAGAGAGAAUCUCAUGAUUGUCGAUGUCUCUUCAGAGUUUGCUUUGUCCCAAAGGAUCCCUUAGACCUCCUUCAGGAAGACCCAGUUGCUUUUGAGUAUCUCUACCUGCAGAGCUGCAGCGACGUGCUUCAGGAGCGAUUUGCUGUGGAAAUGAAAUGCAGCGUGGCAUUACGUCUGGCUGCUCUACACAUACAGGAGAGGAUCUGUGCUUGUGCUCAGCCUCAGAAAGUGUCCUUGAAAUACAUUGAGAGGGACUGGGGAAUCGAAAACUUUGUCUCACCAACAUUGCUUCGGAACAUGAGGGGCAAGGACAUAAAGAAAGCCGUCAGCUACCACAUGAAGCGGAACCAGGUGCUGCUGGACCCUCGGCAGAAGCAUAUGGUGAUGGCAGUCCAGGUGCGCCUUAGCUACCUGCAAAUACUGGGAGACCUGAAGAUGUAUAAUGGGAGGAUCUUCAAUGCCACCUCGAUGCUACAGGACAGAGAAUCAUACAUUGCCUUGCUGGUGGGCGCCAAGUAUGGGGUGAGCCAGAUUGUCAAUAACAAGCUCAACAUUGUGAGAACUCUGGCUGAGUUUGCAAACAUCAGCAGGCUAGAGCUUGCCGAAGAGUCUGAGAAAGUGAGCAUGGUGAAAAUCUACCUGCAGGACCUGAAGGUGCUGACCCUGCUGCUGGAAUCAAGCAGUGCAAAAGAUCUUGUCUGCCUCAUCACUGGCUACUACAGAGUCUUUGUGGAUGCCAAUGUCUCCAUAUUUACCUGGGCAGAGAAGAAGCAGCAACUGCACCGUGUGUCAGCUGAAGAAGGGUAUGAAUCUCGAACCUGCAGUGACUCUGAAGAGUCCUGGGAGCUUGAUUCCUCCUCAGACCAUGGCUUGGACAUUCCUGCAGCAUACUACAGCACCCAUCCAGUGUGCCACGAGGAUGAGCUGGGAGAGAUCCAUAGCCUGCAGAAGGACAGCACAAAACCCCAGGCUGGAGGAAAUGACCAAUGUGAUGGGGGAGAUAACACCACAGACAGUACAUCUGAGGCUUCGGAUUCAGCAAACACUGAGAGCCGGGGAUUUAAGACAAGUGGCUCCAGUGACUCUCUAGAUGCACUGGAGGAAGAUGAGUUGGAAGCUUGCCUUUCCUCCAGACCAGAGAUCUUCCACUUCUACACACCAGCAGUGCAGGAGAUGAGCAGCUCAGACAAGCGCUUCUUCCCCAUUCAUGCUGCAGGGAGCUCCAGCAGGGCAGAAACCAGAGAUUAUUUCUGCUUCUUGCAGGUGUCACAUGCAGAGGAGCCUGAGUGUGAAAAGAGCCCCUCUGAGCAGAGAGAAGAGGACACUGGUGUGUCUGUGCUGGAGGCUGAGCUGUCUGAGAGAAACACCAUGGGCUACUACAGCCUGUGCUACAGUACAUCCCCUGCAGGUAGUGCAGAGAGGAGCAGCACCAGCCACAGCCCUCAAAGAAGCCCUUGGAAAGAUGAGUCUGCCCAGGAAGAGGCACCGUGUGGAACAGAGCCAGCAACAGAGGCCAGUGACCUUACACUGGAGCCACCUCCAGGCUUUGGUGACACCAGCUCUGAGGAGGAGUUCUAUGAUGCUGCAGACAGACUCAGCCCCCCAGAUACCCUGGAAGGCUUCUAUAUGACAUCCUGGCAGGGUACAGACUCGUGCAUCCUAAAGAAACCAAGGUGCUACAGCUCAGGAGAAAAUGUGAUGACAAGACAGACUGCAAAUGAGAAGGGGCUAGCAAAUGCCAAGAGCCUGAGGAAGAGAAGAUCUUUCCUGCAAACUGAUUACACCUCACAGGUCACUUUCCCCUUGGAUUUGCCAGGCUCUCUGCAGGGAUGUUCCUCUUGGCCAUCAACUGCCUCACUUCUUGCUCAGCCACCAGCUUCACCCUCCUCAGAGACCAUGAAGAAGGAUGCAGACUUGGGAUGUCAUGCUGCCAUCUGGCCCCAGAAAGACAGUGCUAGCAGAAAUACCUCCUCUGACACAGUGCGAAUGGAGCUGGACACCAUGGAAACAAAGUCAGUGACUGACCUGGUGAUCUCUUCCCUUUCAGCUGUUCAGCUGCAGGGUGACCAGCGCAGAGCAGGGAGUGCAGGUGUGGCCACACAUGUGAACAGUGGCCUCCAGCCUGCACAUGCUGUACAUCUACCUUUCCUAUCCCUGGAGGAAGCUCUGCCUCUUCCUGAAGGACAAAGCAGAGCUGCCCACGAAAGUUGGUCUAUGAAGAAAAAUGCAGUGAGUGAUGAGAGCUGCAAGGCCACUGGAGGCUGGCUGACCCAAGUGGCGCUGAACAAAGUGAGUGAGGUGAUGACAGCCCAGCACAAGGCUGGUGAGGUACCUCCAUUCCAAGGCCAGGAGGUGACCUAUGCUGCUAAUGGACACACACUGCCACCCUCAGCUCAUGGUUCCAGUGUGGCCCCUCCCCAUGAGGUGGACCAGGACAAGAAGACUGCUGGGAGACAAGCAGUGUCCAACGGGCCUGGCCCAGCACCCUGUGAAGAGAGAAGAGCCCAUGGUGACAGUUGUGCUGGACACAGCAGUGACAGUGCCUUGUCAAAAAGCAGAGAAGUGGUAAAGAAGAAGGCCCUCUGGAAUAUGCACAACAAAAGCCACGUGGGCUUUCCAGAGGCGAGCCAACUCGUAGCAGAUUGCAGCAGCACUUCAGGGAUUCUAACUCGCCUGUCCUGGCUCUCAUCUGGGGCGAGGACAGACGUCACAUCACCCAGCCUAACUCAGGAAAGGGCCGACAACCCACAAGAGCUUCCGGCCUCUCAGAACACCAGUGUUUGCCUGCGGGCAGAUGCUGUCAGAAAGGAGAUGCCAGCUUCUCCAGCUGGACCACUCUCUGAGAAAGUGGUGGCAAGCAGUGAGGAGCUGAGUGAAGCAGAGCCCAGAGAAGAUGCAGGAAGUGUGGCUCACAAACAGCUGUGGCCUGUUCAGACUCCUCUUGACAGGGAAGAGAUUACUGAGGUGGAGAAAGGCUCUCUUCUGACUCCAUCUUCUCCUGGGUUUUCCAUCUCCUCAGGCACAAUUCCCCUGGGCUCACUGGAAAAAAGAGCAGGAGACUAUGGGAUUUCAAAACACUCCUCCUUCUGCUUUAACCAAGAAAAGAAUGAGAAGACACUUUUUAACCCCAUCGUGAUCAGGUCCUUGGGUUUUCCCACAGACAGGAAGACAUCACCACAGCUUGGGAUAGGCAAGAGCAGCUGUCACCUGUCCUGUAUCAGCUGUUUCCACCAGCCUGAUGACAAGAGGGAGCAUGAAAUCACUGUCCCCAUAUGCAGCACAAUUCUGGGGCCCUUCACCACCCCACCAUCCAGCAGCUGUAGUCUUCUUGGGACCCCUGUUAGCUGUUACCCUGUCUCCAUUGCUACGGAUGUGGACCCUCAUGUCCAAGCCCUCAGCCAGCUGAAGAACCAAGCACUGAUGAGCCCUGCCGAUUUCUCCUGCAUCCUAGCCUAUACCACAGAGCUUCAGGAGGUUGUGGAGAAGCUCUCUGAAAACCAGAAAACCCACCUGCAAGAUCAAUGUGCAGACCAGGGUGCUGAGAGCAAGGGUGCCCUUGGCUUAGUCUCCCGGAACCUGCUGUCCAGUUGCCAGGAGCUCUUGAAAACAGAGCAGCCCCUCAGAGAGCUGCAGGAGGUGCUGAGGGUGACAUUUGACCACCUGGUUCAACUGGCAGUGGGCUGCUUCCAGGUGACACACUGCCAGCUAUGCAGGCAGAGGCAGCCAGAGCUUGAGGCUGCACUCAUGGAUGUGGUGGGCACCUACCACCAGCUUGUGCAUGCUGUUCACCAGCAGCUUUGCAGGCAAAGCUGCCCAGAUCUGGGUGCCAAGCUCCUUGCCCGCCAACACACAGCCCUCACUGCUGCCAUGUUUUAUCUCCUGCAGCAAUUCAGGGCACAACCAUUGUUGUGAAGGAGCUGUUAAGUGGCAUGCAAGGGUGAGAAAGAGCCCAUACAUGUUCCUUCAGUCCUCUACCAGGCUCUCCACCAUGGGCUGUUCCACCCCACAGGACAUGCUUAUGCUUAGCUCCAUCAAGGGCUGCCUGUCCCACCUGGGGAGGCAGCCAUGGGGCAGUGCUUGCUUUAUGUAAUUCCAUGUUCUCUUAUAUAAGCAAACUUUAGUGGCUUAUGUAUCUUGCUUGGGCCUUGUCCCUCAUCUCUCAAAAGCUUGAAGGCUGCCACUCUCAAGGUGUUGUCCUGGCCAUCCUCUGCCACCUGUGGAGAAAGGCAGGAACUUUUUGGCUUGCCCUUCCUCCUCCUUAUUCUUCAGGCAGACACUGAAGUAGAGUGUAUCAAACUCUUCCCCCGACUCCAGAUGGAGGAACUUAGGCUGCUUUGUCUAUAUUCUGUGGUUGAGGAUGUGUCAGGACUUGGAAACCUUGGAAGCCGUGCUGCAUUUCACUGCUUUUUCGUGAAGGAUGGCAGAGGGUUGUCACAAGUGAGGGAGCAGCACCACAGCCUUCUCUUCUUGACACGGUUUCUGCGCCUCAGGCAGCUCUUUCUAUUUGCUAGUGCUUGAGGAAAUCCCCAAUUAACUCCACCCUCACCUGCAUUGAUCCCUGAGAUUCCACCCCUCAUCUAUGGCGAUGACCUCUCAGCUGGCUGCUUGGAGAGGGGACAAGUACCCAGCCUCCUGGGUAGCUCUCCCAUGCCCCCGGUGUCCCAGUGCUGGGUGGCAGCAGUUUGCACCUAAAGCCCAUCCGUUUGUGGACCCCAGAAAGCCAGCACUAUGCUGGCGACAUCAUCUCCGGCGGAGAGGGCAGAGGCAGCUCCAAUGGCUGCCCGCAGUGAAUGGUAUGUUGAGAAGCUGUUGCUGCAGCUGAGCAUGCCCAGAAUGGAGGAGUCUGCAGCAGGCAGUAGCACAACUGAGGACACAGCUCUGCCCAUCCAUAUUAUCUGCUCUGCACCAAGGCAACAAGGGACAUGAUCUGCCUGGGAGUCUGGCACACGUGAGCGAGGCCACUUCCACUUUUCACUCAGUCUCUAUUAGAAGCUGCACUUUAGUAUGAAAGAGAAUGGCAGGAGGACAGAAGAAAGUGCCGCAGCACUCCUGAGACAUGGCUAGUCAGCCAGGCUGACUGUAGCGCAGGAGUCCAGCAGCCCACAGCAAACCCUUUCAGCCAGUGCUCCCACAGCUGCUUGUAGGAAGCCAGCUACCAGGGCAUGCUGUUUCCCUGACCAUACAGGGACAGGGUGAACAAAGCACCAUCUGACACUGCUGGCUGCCUGGGUUCAUGUAAGCUACUGUGUGAGGGCUGUCACCAUUGCAGUGUCUCGCAGUGAAGCUCGAGUGCAGCUCUGUAACUGCACACCAGCAGCUGAAGGGCAGUGGGAAUGAAAAAAGUAAGAUCUGAAGUGUGCCCAGGACACUUAACAGCCCACAGGGCACAGCAAGGGUGCAGGCACCAGCACACACAAAUUCAACCUCUGCAGGGAGCAGCAC